AUGGUUGGAAAGUGGUCCGAAUGUACUGUAUCUUGUGACGGUGGACACCAGUCCAGAACAGUGUACUGUGUCGAAAGCUCUAACGAUACCAAUGGAAUAUUGCUGGAGAACAGAAAAGUUAACGAGCAGUACUGCUGGCAAACUCAACGACCAGUGAGCUGCUUUGUUAUUCUGAAACAGUAG